AUGACCGAAAUUGCUCUAGGCCUACAGACCCUCUGGAAAUUACAACAACACGGCGUUGCACCCGUGACAGGUGCAGUGAUAUAUAGCAUCCCGGAUGAACUGCCUGAGGUAGACCUUUACAUGCAGUACGCUAGUGGCGCGUUCGGGUGGAUCAUGUUAACAGCCAUGGGCACCAUACCACUACUCGAUGGGAUUAGAACUGACAAACAGGCCAUUGCUCACCUGACACGUGUACGUGAGGAAGACAUAGUCUACACACAGACAACAAGCGAAUUGUACAGACCUGCAUACUAUAUUGCUCUGGACAGGCGACGCAAGAAGAUAGUGCUGGCUUUCAGAGGCUCAAGUAACGCUCUGGAUAUGCUUACCGAUCUGAACUGCGAGAGCAUACCUUACUCCUUCAAUGGAGUACAUGGGGAAGCACACGCAGGAUUUGCGCGGUCGGCUCAUAGGUUGAGUACAGAACUCAUGCCGAUCAUGGUUGACUUGUUGCGAGAGAACGAAGGCUAUCACGUUGUCCUCACAGGACACAGUCUUGGGGCAGCGGUUGCCACCAUGGUUGCGUUAGAGUGGGCGCAUCUUUUUGAUGAUCUGAAAUGUUAUGCAUACGCAGCGCCUGCUUGUGUUUCGUUGCCAGUGUCUUUAGAGGCUCAGUGUGUGGUGACUAGCGUUGUGCUGGGCAGCGAUCUGGUUCCGAGACUGUCGCGGACUUCUUUGGAGUACCUCAGGGAUGUGGGAUUGAUGUUAGGGCAGAACCAAGAACUAAGACACGAGGUUAUUGCCGCCGUGGCUAGGUGCGAAGGUAUAUCCACUGAAAGGGGAGAUAAAAAUGAUGACACAGACAUAAAUAUGGACACAGAUACGAAUGUAGAUAUGCAUAUGGAUUCAACUAGUGUGCGUGACCACAGACGAGCAAGAGAUGACACGAAUGGAUAUAUGGAAGAUAUCGAUACCGAUGCUACUACUUCAACUUUAAACAGACAUGAGAGUCUGGACGGGUUCUUAGGAGAGGACUUGGUGGACAGGUUAUCGCUGCUUGACCGCCGCACGUCGGUCGUGUUAAGAGAUGACGAUUUGAGCCUCCUACGAUCUGCUUCUGAGAGCACACCCCAUACAGACACCGCUACGCAUAUCGGUAUGCACGCGAGCAACACACCGAGUAGGAGUGCGAGUUGUUCGCCGGCAUCUGUAAACCAAGUAAUCGCACGUGUGCAGCGAUUGCCCAACGAUACUAACGCGCAGACAGAUGCCGAGGAAUGGGUGGCGAUCGAAGACACAGUAGAGUCCGACACAGCAUCCUUGGAUAAAGAGCAAGCUAUACAAACCUGCAGGGUUUUGUACGACAAAUUGUACGACGCACAACCAAAUCGGUUGGAGUUACUUGCUGCCGGGAAGAUCUUGUUUUUGUGUCAUAAGACCGGUGAGGGUAUCCUAACAAACGGGGAGUUGGCACCGCACUGGAGUCGAGUAAUACUUUCGCGCAGUAUGUUCUGGCUGCAUUUGCCUGGAUAUUAUACUCAUCACAUAAACAACCACAAUAGGCUAGCCAUAGCUGCUAAGAGCGGCUAA